AAAAUUGUGUUUUCAGAAAAUAAUUUAUUAUUCUCAGUUCUUAUAAGUGGGGCUUACACGACGAUUAGUUCGGGUUACAAUGUACCGGAAAUUUUUAAAAACGUCGAUUUCGUCGAUAUUAUUAGUUAUGAUUACAAUGGAUUAUGGAGUGAUAAAAUCGCCCCAAAUGCGCCACUUUAUAGUAAUGAUCAAAAUAACGUGAAUUACACAGCACAAAUUUUAAUAAAAUUAGGUGCAGAUCGUGAAAAAAUGAUAAUUGGUAUACCCUUUUAUGGAAGAAAUUUUUUCGCUGCAGAAGAUCAAUCAUCAAAGCCAAAUAUUGGUGAUUUCUUCGAUAAAAAUAAAGAGAGAAUUCGAACGUUUACCGGACCGUAUAUGAGAGACGAAUCCGGAGAUAUAGCUUAUAAUGAGAUUUGUUUAGAAAAAUUAAUUCCAAACAAAUGGGAAAAUCAUUGGGACAAAAAAAGCAAAACCCCUUAUUUAAUAACAACCGAUAAAUUAAUAACGUACGAAAACGCGGAAUCGAUUAAGUACAAAGUAAAAUAUGCGUUUCAAGAAAAAUUAGGUGGAGUAAUGGUUUUUUCUAUAGAUCAAGAUGAUUUUCGCGGAGAUUGUUUUAAUAAAUCACAAGAUAACGAAGAAUUUAAAACAUUUCCUAUGCUUAGGAAUUUAAACAGAACGUUUCGUAAUUGUCUAGAAACGCAUAAAACACAUAAACAAGAUGAAACACGAAAACAACUGGAUAAACCGAUGAAAUCAUUCGUUGUUAGCCGUUCUAAAUUAAAUAAAUCUAAU